AUGAGCACACUCUUGCUGUGUCAUUCGGAGUCGCGAGAUCUGAGGCAUGCGGUCAGAUCCGAGGAUAUGUUGGUCUAUUACGACUAUGCCACAACCACUGUCGAAGAGAUAAAGGAAAAAAUCUGCAGUGCUUCGGCGUCGAAGAUAAAAAGCCUCGGUCUUCACAUUCAAAGCAGACGUCAUGGAUUGUCUCUCUGUGGAACUGCGAACACC